CGUAAAUUGUAACGUAGCUAUAGAACAAUAGAAUGGGUUUGCUCGGCAGUAAAACAGUACCAGCCGACAUGAGUGGACCAGUAGCAGAGUUUGUGAAAAGCGCUAUCGCAAAGGACAAGAUAGUAAUUUUCUCCAAAACCUACUGUCCGUAUUGCACAAUGGCCAAGGAGCCAUUCAAAAAACUAAACCAGGCAUUUGCUUGUUACGAACUAGAUCAACGAAACGAUGGCGAUGAAAUUCAAUCUAUACUAGGGGAAAUUACUGGAGCGAGAAGUGUACCUCGGGUAUUUAUCAAUGGAGAGUUUGUCGGUGGAGGUACUGACAUAAAAAAGAUGUAUUCAGACGGGCGUUUAGAAAAGUUAAUAGCUUGAAAAGCAAAUGAAGACGCACUUAAGUUUCUUUCGUUAGCAAAACAUUCUAAUUUAUCGCUCAAUAUCAUUGCAAAAGAUGUUUUAAUGGACAAAAUAUAAACUAAUUAUU